AGCUUACAGCAACAGAGUUUAGACUGUCUUUGCUUCAUCAUCUGAAGGCAAAAUUUUCCAGAUACGGCAGACGGCUCUCAGAGUACAAUAAACAGGGAAUGAGAACUAUUUACAUGGAAAUUUCUUCCUCAUGAUGCAGCGGAGAAGCCUCGGCCGCUUGAUUUUGCCAGAUGUUCCUGGGGUUACUGUAAAAGGAAAGGAGAGGCAGAGCUAAACAAGGUUCAAGAUUUAAAAGUGCCUGUGUGAAGUCACUUUUGCUGGAAACCACAGCCCGGGAGCUUUCGUGUUAUCGUGUUUUGCUAUCAAAUACACAUUACCCUGACCUUACGAGUGGAUGAAGAUACCUCAAUUGUCUGGCUUUGCCAAUUGCUUGAUUUCGGAAUUUUAAAAAGUGAAAGGAAAGAGAAAUCCUGCUAAGAUCUGAACAUCUAAGUGGCUCAUUUUCCAGCAUCGUCAAUAGCUGCGAGCAUCAGAACUAAAUAUUCUCCCAAGGAGUGCCAUGAUAUUGAAGUCACUUUAUUAAAAACAAUUGUGUCUACAAAACGAUCAGGCGACUCGGACGUUUGCAGCCAGAGAUGACACUGAGCAUGCUUUCAUUGCGGCCCGCAGUCUUCGAGUGGGGCAUAUUGAUUGAUGAGUGACCGCCUGCCGAUAAAUUCUCUCCUCACUCUGUUUCCUGGAUUGGGCUUCUUUAAGCAAUUUGUCACUUACCUUCGGACUUACAUGUGGGAUUUUUCACAGCACUAGUUUUGGAAUCAUUGGAACUUGAUUUGAUUUCAUCAUUUAACAGAAACGAACAGGAUCCAAAUUAUUUUCUCAUCAUGGCUUUGAAUGUUGCCCCAGUCAGAGAUACAAAAUGGCUGACCUUGGAAGUCUGCAGACAGUUCCAGAGAGGAACGUGCUCCCGCUCUGAUGAGGAAUGCAAAUUUGCUCACCCCCCCAAAAGUUGCCAGGUUGAAAAUGGAAGAGUAAUUGCCUGCUUUGAUUCCCUAAAGGGCCGUUGUUCAAGAGAGAACUGCAAGUAUCUUCACCCUCCAACACAUUUAAAAACUCAACUCGAAAUUAACGGGAGGAACAAUUUGAUCCAGCAAAAAACUGCAGCAGCAAUGCUUGCCCAGCAGAUGCAAUUUAUGUUUCCAGGAACCCCACUUCAUCCAGUGCCCACUUUUCCUGUAGGUCCCGCAAUAGGGACAAAUACGGCGAUUAGCUUUGCUCCUUACUUAGCGCCGGUAACCCCUGGAGUUGGCUUAGUCCCAACGGAAAUUCUACCCACCACCCCUGUUAUUGUUCCCGGAAGUCCACCUGUCACCGUCCCGGGCUCAACUGCAACUCAGAAACUUCUCAGGACUGACAAACUGGAGGUCUGCAGGGAGUUCCAGCGAGGAAACUGUGCCCGGGGAGAGACUGACUGCCGCUUUGCACACCCCGCCGACAGCACCAUGAUCGACACAAACGACAACACCGUAACCGUUUGUAUGGAUUACAUAAAGGGGCGUUGCAUGAGGGAGAAAUGCAAAUAUUUUCACCCUCCUGCACACUUGCAGGCCAAAAUCAAAGCUGCGCAGCACCAAGCCAACCAGGCCGCGGUGGCCGCCCAGGCAGCCGCGGCCGCGGCCACAGUCAUGACUCAGUCGACUGCCAAAGCAAUGAAGCGACCUCUCGAAGCAUCUGUAGACCUGGCCUUUCCUCCUGGUGCUCUUCAUCCUUUACCAAAGAGACAAGCACUUGAAAAAAGCAACGGUGCCAGCACCGUCUUUAAUCCCAGCGUCUUGCACUACCAGCAGGCUCUCACCAGUGCACAGCUGCAGCAACACACGGCAUUCAUUCCAACAGAUAAUUCUGAAAUAAUCAGCAGAAACGGAAUGGAAUGCCAAGAAUCUGCAUUGAGAAUAACUAAACAUUGUUACUGUACAUACUAUCCUGUUUCCUCCUCAAUAGAAUUGCCACAAACUGCAUGCUAAAUAAAGAUUUAGUUCUUCUGGACAGACCACAACUCUAAGAAGCUAGUGCUGCUAUAUCAUAUAUGAGUAUUAAAUAUGGUAUGCUUAGUAUAUUCCAACCUAAGAUAGUUAACUACCUGAGACCAGCUGUGAUGUUUAAAGACAUAAAGGAUAAAGUUUACUUUUAAAGGGUUUCUAAACAUAGUUUCUGUCCUAGGAAUAUUGUCUUAUCUCCAUAACUAUAGCUGAUGCAGAAAGUCCAACCAAUUUACUCAUUUUGACUCAGAAUAUUUCAAAGUUAGCAAUAAACAAUUAGCAUUAGUUUAAAAAAAAAAAAAAAAAACCUAUUCCAAGGGCAGGUUCGAUUCUAACUUCAAUUACUGUCAUUUCAUUUACCUACUGGAUCAAAGCUAUGUUUCACUUCUUGACAACACGAAUGCUGCAGCAAAGAUGAGAAGUGAAGUAAAACCGUUACCUGUCCUGCAGGUCUAAAAUUUGAAUGGAAAUUCAAGCACAAGUACUGGGGACACAUCAAAGUGUGGUAUUUGGUUUGCCUGGAGAUGCCGCAUUGAAUCAUGUGAUUCUAGAAUAACAUUAACUAGAUUGAAAAAGAAACUUUGCACGGUAUGAGCUUCAUACCCCACCAAACAAAGUCUUGAAGGUAUUAUUUUACAAGUAUAUUUUUAAAAUUGUUUUAUAAGAGAGACUUUGUAGAAGUGCCUAGAUUUUGCCAGACUUCAUCCAGCUUGACAAGAAUGAGAGGCCCAUGCCAACAGUCUAAUCAAAAGGAUUAGUCUUUCAAACUCACCAUCCGGUUGCCUGUUACAGAAUAACUCUUCUGAACUAAAAACCUAGACAAACAAGGAAGCUGUAGGUGAGGAGAUCUGUAUAAUAUUCUAAUUUAAGUAAGUUUGAGUUUAGUCACUGAAAAUUUGACUGUGACUUUAAUCUAAAUUACUAUGUAAACAAAAAGUAGAUAGUUUCACUUUUUAAAAAAUCCAUUACUGUUUUGCAUUUCAAAAGUUGGAUUAAAAGGUUGUAACUGACUACAGCAUGGAAAAAAAUAGUUCUUUUAAUUCUUUCACCUUAAAGCAUAUUUUAUGUCUCAAAAGUAUAAAAAACUUUAAUACAAGUACAUACAUAUUAUAUAUACACAUACAUAUAUAUAUACUAUAUAUGGAUGAAACAUAUUUUAAUGUUGUUUACUUUUUUAAAUACUUGGUUGAUCUUCAAGGUAAUAGCGAUACAAUUAAAUUUUGUUCAGAAAGUUUGUUUUAAAGUUUAUUUUAAGCACUAUCGUACCAAAUAUUUCAUAUUUCACAUUUUAUAUGUUGCACAUAGCCUAUACAGUACCUACAUAGUUUUUAAAUUAUUGUUUAAAAAACGAAACAGCUGUUAUGAAUUACUAUUAUGUGUAAUUGUUUAAAACAUCCAUUUUCUUUGUGAACGUAUUAGUGAUUGAAGUAUUUUGACUUUUGAGAUUGAAUGUAAAAUAUUUUAAAUUUUGGCAUCACUGCCUGUUCUGAAAACUAGAUGCACCAACCAUAUCAUUUUUGUUUGAGAAAAAAGAAAUCUGCCAUUUUAAUUAAUGUUGGUCAAAGUCUAAUGACUAUUUAUCUUAUAUCGUAGAUUUGAUAACCCUAUCAAAAAAAAAAAUCACAUUCUAAGUGUAAUCUUACAUAGUGCUUGUAUUGUUGCAUUUGUUUUAAUUUGUGGGAAAGUAUUGUAUCUAACUUGUAUUUCUUUGGUAGUUUCAUCUUUAUGUAUUAUUGAUAUUUGUAAUUUUCUCAGCUAUAACAAUGUAGUUAUGCUACAACUUGCCUAAAACAUUCAAACUUAUUUUCUUUUUUCUUUUUUUUCUUUGUUAAUUCACUUAAACUCAUUGAAAACAUAGUAUACAUUACUAAAAGGUAAAUUAUGGGAAUCACUGAAUAUUUUUGUAGACUAAUUAUUGUAACAUUGUCUUUUUUUUUCUUUUGUUUCAUGAUUUUGAUUUUUAAAGUUUUUAGCACACAACUAUUUUCAGCCCUUUAAUAAUGGAGUAUCAGAAACAUCACCUGUACCCCACAAGCGAAUAUAGAAGACUGUAUUUUUACUAUGAUAUCCAUUUUCCAGAAUUGUGAUUGUAAUAUGCAAGGAGUCAUAAAUAUGCCAUUUACAAUAAGGAGGAGGCAAGGCAAAUGCAUAGAUGUACAGAUAUAUGUACAACAGAUUUUGCUUUUUAUUUAUUUAUAAUGUAAUUUUAUAGAAUAAUUCUGGGAUUUGAGAGGAUCUAAAACUAUUUUUCUGUAUAAAUAUUAUUUGCCAAAAGUUUGUUUAUAUUCAGAAGUCUGACUAUGAUGAAUAAAUCUUAAAUGCUUUGUUUAAUUACAGAACAAAAUCACCAAUAUCCAAGACAUGAUGAUAGCAAUUCAACAAAUACUGUAGUUAAGAGAUGAACUCGUCACUUGUAUGGGAACUACAUUUCACUCUUGGUUUUCAGGAUAUAACAGCACUUCACCUAAAUAUUCUUUGAGCCAUAUCACUGGUAACAUUUCUACUAAAUCUUUCUGUAACACUUAAAGAAUUCCCUCAUUCAUUACCUUACAGUGUAAACAGGAGUCUAAUUUGUAUCAAUUCUAUGUUUUGGUUGUAAUAUUCAGUUCACUCACCCAAUG